AUGAGACUGAAGGUGAAGACGCUGGAUCGUGGUGACCAUCAGCUGGAGCUGGAUGACGAUGCAACACUGGGAAUGUUGCGGAAGCUCAUUGAGGAGAAGGUGGGUGUGGUUGAAUCGCGGCAGCGUUUGAUCUUCCAGGGGCGACCGCUUCUCUGCAACGACCAGCCGCUCAAGAGUUGCGGAGUUAACGAUGGGCUAACUGUGCACAUGGUGGAACGCCCGGCCGACGCCACUUUGCCAGCGGGUUUGCGCACGCAUAAUUGUGAUCACGAGCGCCACAGCCACGGCACUGAUGCGCCUCAAAGCGCACCACGAUUCUGGACCACUCUGGUUAGCGGUGAAUUGGCGAUUGUUCGUAAUAUCAUCUUCCGGAACACCAAUGAGACUGUGGUAAGUGCUUCGCGUGGUCCCUCGGCACUUCCGUCUCUUCGUUUCUUUCGUUUAUUUCAGGCAAUGGUGCGCCAGAUUCUAUCAGACGUUGUGCGAGACACCUCCGAAAUUACGCAGACUGAAGUGGAGCCACAGGAAAACGUGCCCGGCAAUGGUGAUCUGACGUUGCGCAUCCGUGUCCGAUGUUCGUCUCGUUUCCGACCUAUCGAUUCGGGUGCACGUACCCGCGUUCAGUUCGCGGUGGACUGCUUGCGUCGAAGCGAGCGUACUUUGCAACUCCUUGAGGUUUGA